AUGUCCAAUGCCCAACUCCUUUGGUUUAAUGCUGUCACAUGCAAUAGGAUCGAUGACGUUCGAUAUCAUCUUCCCAAGUAUGCAAAGACGUUUAAUGAGCAGUCUGAGACUGCUCUUAUGAUUGCUGUGCGACUGAAUAACCUAGAGAUGGCUACGAUCCUGGCGGAUACAGAAGCGACACUGACCAACUCUGAUGGUCGUACUGCUCUCAUGAUAGCUGCUAUCUGCGGUCAUGUCGAGAUGGCGCGUCUUUUAGUAGAGCGGGAAGCACGAAUUCAAGACAACUGUGGGAUGACCGCGCUCAUGUUUGCCAUCCUUUGUGAGAAUAAGCACGUAGUAGAGCUAUUAGCUAGUUAUGAAUCAGGAUUGUCGACACUGAAAGAGGUCAUGGUAGGUCACCUUGAUGAUAAUUAUCUUGAACGAGAAGACAAUGGCACGGAUACACUUUCUGACAGCUCUUCUGUCCUAUCUGCUCAAACACCUACAUCCGUUACGUCAGACCGAGGAAGACGGAAAGUCGUUGUGCAACGAAAGAGGUUAUCAUGUAGCAGACACAUAGCCCCAUACUACUCUGUGCCCAUAGGAUACACGUCAUUGCUAUUUGCUAUUCUAUGCAAAGAUGCCUACUCGGUGCAGCUUUUGAACUCAGAGCACCACAUUUUAGUCUAUGAUCGACACAGGGAUAGAUUUAUUACCCCAUCCAUUCUUGCCGUAGAACUAGGGCAUAUGGAGGUACUCAAAAGCCUUACCAGCCAUGGACCAAGUCCUCUAACGGAGUCUGGACACUGUGCCCUGUACGUAGCUAUUUUGCAAGGAAAUAUAGAGUGCAUAUCGCUGUUGUAUGAAUGCGAGAAGCACCUUCUUUCAGAUGAGCGUAUCUGCAUGUCAUCGGCGAUGAUUUGGUUAAUAGAAAAGAUAGUCGCAUGUAAUCCUACUUGCGAAGGCAAUCCAAUCUUCGUAGAAUUUUUAAAUAAUUUGUUUAAAUCAGAUAACGCUCGGGAAAAAGACAGCCAUGGAAUGACUCUUUUGCUAAUGGGUGCAGCACUAAACUUACCUUGGCUUGUCCAGGCAAUUCUAGACAGUGUUCCGGAAGCACUAUGUGAUACUGACAGUCAAGGGUGGACUGCACUUCACUACGCAGCGGCAGCAGAUAGUGUUGAUACGGGGAAGUUGCUGCAGAAGAAACUCAUAGGCAGCGUCGAUAUAAAAGGUUGUACGUCUCUUAUGAUUGCUGCUAAGCAUGGCAGUUCUUCCAUGAUUAAGAGUCUUCGAAAUGAAAGCACGCUGAUUGACAGGCAAGGCCAAAGCGCCCUCAUGCUACUUAUCCAGGGAGCAGCUUCUUGUCCAUGGCGGGAGCGACAAAUUACAAUACUAGAAUCAGCACAAUACAUUCUUGAGGAGGAGGCAGGAAUAAUUAACGGUGCCUCGCGAUCGGCUCUCAUGCUUUCUGUCUGGCAUCGGUUUUAUGAUCUAGCUCUCCGACUGACCGCCUAUGAGAAGGGUCAUCAAGAUAAAAGCGGACACACAGCACUAAUAUUAGCUGUAUACGUUGAUUGUAGUAACGCUACACUACUUGAACGACUCAGCCAGAUAGAGUCGUCACUAAGAUUAAGCAAUCAGUUUGGAGGCGGGAAAAGCCCUCUAAUGCUUGCUAUAGAGCGAGAAGCAAAUCCUGUGCUACUGGAUAUCUUGUUGAAAAGCCAGCUUGCAACUGGCUUGAUUGAUGCAGCAGGCUGUAGUGCACUUAUGUAUGCCAUAGAAAAGAAAAACACUGACCUAGGGCUACAGCUUGCACAUGUUCCGGCCGAGCUAGGGCAUGCAUGCUUUGCCAAAAGACAGACUGCUUUGAUGAAGGCCAUUCUUUCUAAACUAGAUGAUGUCGCAAUUGUGCUUGCUUCUCGUGCGCUUGAGCUGCACAAGCAAGACUAUAAAGGAAGAACGGCUCUGAUGCAUGCAAUCGACUCUAAAAAUGAAACGCUCGCCCUCAUUUUGGCAGAGUCAGAGCAGAACCAUCGUGACAUCAACGGCAAAACAGCUCUUAUUCAUGCAAUAGAAAGGAAGCCAUCCCUCCUUUAUAGGCUUAGACUGUGGGACGAGGUGCUAUUAUCUGAUAACGAUGGGCUAACACCCCUAGAUUAUGUAAAGCGACAUCGCUCUGAACUGGUGCAGGUCAGAAAUAGGCAUACUAAAGCGGUUUCCACUCACAGCCUCACCGUUGACUUAAUUGUGCACGGCAUGGGAACACCGCUUACAGAUCCCGUGAAGACAUACAAGUACUUUAAGCAAUACAUGUACCGGGCCUAUGACCGCAUGGCCCUCUUUGCACGUCGGUUACUUACACGCCGGCAGGUCGAUCGACAUGCUAAUGUCAGCAGAGAACAUCUGACUAGUGGCUUGUCAGACAACACAGGUGUCGCUAUUUCCCCGGCUCUAAGUCACAACAUCAUGCUCCAAGAAAGCCCAGUCAUAAGCCAAUGGUCCACGGGAAUAUUUCAGAUAGCGAAUAUACUACUAGAUAUAUUUGAAUACGAUUGGAAUCAGCAGGUGUUUUGGGCCGAUAUCCCCAGCCUGCUUGAUGAGUAUUUGCAGACAAUCAGAGCAAUCGAAGGCAGUCACACUCUUAGAGAUGAUGAGCUCUAUGAAGAUUUUUGUUGUAUCUGCAUGGAUGCUCCUGUGAAGACAGUCUUGAUGCCGUGUAGACAUGCCGUCCUGUGCGAGCAUUGCAGCCUCAACAUAAAAAAGAUGUGCCCCAUCUGUCGCCAUACAGUCACUGAUACGAUAGAAAUAGACCCAUAA